AUGGCGCCCAAGGUUAAGGGCGGGGAUCAGCCCAAAAAGACGAAAGCAUCCGUCGAAGACAAGACUUUUGGCAUGAAAAAUAAGAAGGGUGGCAGUGCAAAAAAGCAGAUUGCACAACUUCAGGCCCAAGCAAAGUCGAACAAGUCUCCUGAAGAGAAGCGAAAAGAGGCCGAGAAAGAGCAAAGAAAGAAGGAGAAGGAUGCUGCGGAAAAAGCCAAAGCCGAGGCCGCUGAACUUUUUAAGCCCAUCCAGGUCCAGAAAGUCCCCUUUGGCGUCGACCCCAAGACUGUGCUGUGUCAAUUCUUCAAGCAGGGCCACUGUGACAAAGGAAAGAAAUGCAAGUUCAGCCAUGACCUUGAAGUGGGAAAGAAAGUGGCCAAGAAGGACUUGUACCAAGAUACGCGGGAACAGAGCAAAGAGGAGAAAGAGAAGGACAACAUGGAGGACUGGGAUGAAGAGAAGCUCCGAAAGGUUGUGCUCAGUAAACAUGGCAAUCCUCGGACCACCACGGAUAAAGUUUGCAAAUACUUCAUUCAAGCGGUUGAAGAUGGCAAGUAUGGCUGGUUUUGGACUUGUCCCAACGGAGGGGACAAGUGCAUGUACAAACACAGCUUGCCGCCUGGGUUCGUACUGAAAACCAAAGAACAGAGGCGUGCAGAGAAGGCGUUGAUGGACAAGUCGCCCAUGAACACACUGACGCUGGAAGAUUUCCUCGACUCUGAACGACAUAAACUUACUGGGACGCUGACACCCGUGACACCAGAGACUUUCGCUAAAUGGAAGAAAGAGCGCAUGGACAAGAAGGCUGCCGAAGCAGAGGCUAUGAAAGCCAAGGAUGCAACCGGCAGAGCCAUGUUCGAAAGCGGUAACUGGAAGGGAUCAGAAGACGAAGAUAGCGAAGAGGACGAGGAUGAGGAUGGCGGCGAGGGCGCAUGGAACCUCGAGGCUAUGCGCAAAGAAACCGAACGGCUGCGAAUGCUGAGGGAAGAAGAGCGAUUAGCCCGGACGAACGGCGAACCCGUGCCUGAUCGGAACGAUGACACCGAGAGCAACACAGCGGAAAGUCAAGAAGGCGGUGACGAUAAUGAUGAGGACGGUGAUACUGGUAGCGACGAUGUCGAUGGAGAGGGUUCCACCGAGACCAACGGAGAGAGCAGUGGAACAAAGGGUUGA